CCAAAUUCAAGAUGGCCGAAACAAACCAAAAUUUGUUGUUGGAAAAUGUGAAAAUAGGAAAUAUAACACGUGCCAGAGAAUUGCUAGAGAGAGGGGCUGACCCAAAUUAUAUAAAUAGUGAAGAAGGUGUGUCACCAAUGCAUUUAGCUGCAGGACUGGGCAUUGAACCACUUUGUUUACUUUUACAGUACAAUGGUGACCCAAAUAUUAGAUUAAAUGAUGGUACAACACCUGUUCAUGUUGCUGCAAUAUGGGGUAUGUGUGACUGUGUCCAGAUAUUAUUGGCAAAUGGAGGUGACCCUUAUAUCAGAGAUAAGGAAGGAUUGAGUGUGGAGGACAUGGCUAUAAAUUACCAACAUGAUGAUGUCCUUCAAGUUAUAAAGCAGUACAUGUUUGAACUUCACUCAGAUGAUGAACAAACUACCACUCCAAUGUUUACUUACAAACGUUUAAGCUUAGAUAGCUUAAGGUCAGACUCAUCCAGUCCCAAUGAAUUGGAUAGAAAUGUAUCAGACACAUCAUCUGGUAAUGUGUUUGAGGAUUCUAUGUAUAAUACUCAGCGACUAGAGGACUAUCUACAUGAGUUUGCCCGAAGACGUAGAUCCAGCAUGUUCUUGAGUAAUGUACAGAGACAAAUUGAUAGAUAUUUUAGUAACGGACAAGAAACUCAUUUGUUAGAUGUGACAUCUCCAGAUCAUCCAUAUAUUGAGCCCAGGUUAAGUUCUCCAGAUGAAUACAGAGAUGAUAGUAGACAACAAGAGUCCCUACACCUUAACCUCAGUACUUCAGAUACCUCGGAUAGCUUUGUUACCUGUGAUGGGGAGAGCACUAAUUCCAACAUGACAGAGAGGGACAGUUUAUCCAGUACAGAUUUAUCACCUCUCUAUGAUCAUUGUACAAAUACUGUGAUCAAAAAUACCAAAUAUAUUUAUGACAAAGAUUGUAAGAAAUCACAUUUAACUCAUAGAAGAUUGUUCCAAGAAGUUGAAAACCCCAAAACUCGCAGUAUAUCAGAAAAAAGUCAUUCUCAGCAUUUGCCUGGAAACUUUUCUGCUGAGGCAGAUUGUCAUGGGCAUAUCAGUUUGUCUGAAAACAGUUUAGAUCUAGACUGUUCUAGAAAUGAAAAGACUGGACAUCAUAGAAGGGCUAAGUAUUGUGUAAGGCAGCCAGCAUCUCAAAUUCAGUCACAUGUAAAUGUAAAAUGUGACUUUUGUGGAGGUAUAGCAGAAAAGCUUAUAAAGGACGGAACUGUUUGUGCUGCGUGUGAAAAACUUGGGUUAGAACUUGAUGACUUAGUGGGGGCUUCUCUCAAUGAUAAUUAUACUGAUGUAAUUAAACAAGGUCUGCACAAGUUUGAUCAUAAAAUGCUAGACACAGAAGAUCAUAGGACUUUAUCAUUGCCAGAUAUUCUAGAAACUUUACCAGAAUCUGCUGAUAUAACUUUAAAUUGUCGUAGGAAAAGAAACUGGUUAUUAGCCGAGCGAAACAAAGUUUUUGACAGAGAUAAGGGUUCUCAGUUACAUCAAAAUGAACCUUUACAUUCCAAACAGAACCAAAAAAAUGUGAAAACACUUGAAAAUAAAGAUGUAGAUCAUCACUGUUCUGGUAAUUUGUUAAUGAGGGAUAGAAAUGUUGAAUCUCAGGGAAUUUUAACCUCAAAGGAUCAUGAUGUGACCGGUUUAACAAGCCAGAUUUAUAAUACUCAUUUAGAUGAUGACAGGCAAGGGAAAUCUAAAAACUUGAAUAUGAAUGAGAAUGCUUUUAAUCAGUUAAGAAUUGAUGACUCCAUGGUAUCACAUAUAAGUAGUACUGUGAAUGUAUUGGAUAAUGCCCAACUGUUUACAGAUUUUGAAGGUACAUUUGAUGAAACUUUUCUUGAUAAAAGAGAAACUUUGCCAGUUAAAAACGCUCUAUCUGUGAAAGGUAAUAGUGUUUUAAAAAAGGAACAGGAUGUUAUGAAAGAUAAUUGUGAGUGUAGCAAAGAGUAUGUGAAUAGCAAAGAAAGCAUUGAUGAUUUGUUUAAAGAGAUUCAACAGUGUAAACAGGACAAGCUAGCACAGACAACACCAAGCAGGAAUGAUUUACUGGACACAGGUUUUUGUGGCCGUCAGUCUAUGUGCAGUAUGUACAGUAAUGCCUCAACUGUAGAUUAUAUAUAUACAGACAAAGAAAAUGGUAUAACAUUAGUGGAGCGACAUCUACCCUCGGUCUGUGGGAGUCAGGGAAGCAGGCGUUCUGUUGACAGCCAGUUUAGUGUAAACUCCAAUGUCCUUGCAAAUCCAGAUAAUAAGUCAAACUGUUGUAGCCUUUCCUCUGAGGAUACAGUGCUUUAUAAUUGGAGAGAAAAUGCAAUGAUCAAAUCAAAUGAUAGUGCUAAGGGUUGUUUAGACGCGGCAAAUAUUGUUUCCCAAGCAACAGAUAGAAAAAUAGAUGAUAAGACACUGCGCUCAAAACUCGUUCAUCAUGGCGAUGACCCAGGGCCCAUUACAAACACAACUAAGCAGGCAUACAUGACUAGAUUGGGAAAACUUGACAAUAACAAAGUCUGCAAGAAAACAACUGGUAAGGUUCCAGAAUAUCCAGCAGAAUUACAGCUCGCACUAAAUGGUAAUCUGAACAUGUCAGACAUGCCUGGUAUAGAAACAAAAAUGGUUGCUGCCUUCCAAAACCCUGACAGAAUGAGACUAUGGAGAGAGGGUACCCUCAAGUCUUCCUUCAACUAUAUACUGCUUGAUCCUAGAGUCACUAAAAACCUUCCAAACAGGGCUAUCAAUAUGAGUGAUCAGGAUAUUUUCCAUACCUUCAUUUCUGCCAUCUUCUACAUUGGGAAAGGAAAAAGGGCAAGGCCAUAUUGUCAUCUUUAUGAAGCAAUUAAACAUCAGAAGAAAAAUAAUACCAAGAUGAGUAAGAAGGUGGAGAAGAUAAUUGAGAUAUGGGACAGUAGUAUGGGUGUAGUGUCUCUACAUUGUUUCCAGAGUGUUAUACCAGUAGAGGCAUAUACCAGGGAGGCUUGUAUGAUUGAUGCUAUAGGUUUAAAGCAGUUAACUAACCAGAAGAAAGGUGACUAUUACGGUGUGUCAGUGACAUUUUCCAUGAAAGAAAGACGGAAAAUGGGAGUAUAUCUUCUUCAGAAAGCAUUGCAGAUAUUUCUUGCAGAAGGUGAAAGACAGAUUGCUCCAUUAGACAUAAAGAAAAAUUGAUGAACUGUGAAUGAAUGUAAUCAAGAUAUUUGCAUUAUAUUAAUGUUAAAAAUGUCUGAACAGUUGUUGUUUGUUGACU